GUGGCUUGACUCAUAGGAUCCUCUUUUGUCCAGAGGCACUUGUCUUAGAAGAGAGAGAAGAGCUUGGUGACUUGACUCAUAGGAUCCUCUUUUGUCCACAGGCACUUGUCUUAGAAGAGAGAGAAGAGCUUGGUGACUUGACUCAUAGGGUCCUCUUUUGUCCACAGGCACUUGUCUUAGAAGAGAGAGAAGAGCUCUCAAACGCUGUGCCAAUUGAAGGACUCAACAGAACAAUGACAAACCACUCUGAGCUGGACAAUUUGGAUGAAGAUGGAUAUACUCAACUACAAUUCAACUCUCGAGUCCCUACCAGGAGAACUGCAUCCUUAGAGAAAGGCCUUUGCGGUUCAUCUUCUUGGCGUUCCAUCGCUGUGUUCUUGGGAAUCCUUUGCUUGAUAACACUGGUGGUAGCUGUGGUUCUGGGUACUAAGGGUAUUUGGAGAACCAAUUCAAGAAAUGACCCAUUGAAGAAUGAUAGUUUUCCAUCAGGUAAUGAACAGAGUGGCAGUCAACACACGCAAUCAUCUUUAGAAGGGAGUGUGACUUCUCCAAAGGCUCUCACAACCACAGGGGUUCUUUCCACGCCCUGUCCCCCGAACUGGAUAUUAUCUGAGAAUAGCUGUUAUCUAUUUAGUAUAUCACUGAAUUCCUGGAACAGAAGUAAAAGCCGAUGCUCUCAACUGGGCUCUUCUCUCCUGAAGAUAGAUAGUUUAAAAGAAUUGGACUUUAUAGAAAACCAAGUGUCUUCCACUCCUUAUAAUUCAUUUUGGAUAGGGCUCUCUCGCCCUUCGGCUGAAGGACCAUGGCUUUGGGAAGACGGUUCAAAGUUCUCUUCUAACUUGUUUCAAAUCAGAAGCACAGGUGUACAGGAAAACUCACCUCGAAAUUGUGUAUGGAUUCACGUGUCAGCAAUUUAUGAUCAGCUUUGUGAUGUGCCCUCAUACAGUAUUUGUGAAAAGAAGCUGUCGAUAUAAUGAUGGGGGUGUUGACAUGGAAGAGCAGAGAGAAGUAUAUAAGAUAGUAAGGAGAGAAUAAAACAAAACAUGAAUCGGAGGUACUUGAGGUCAAAAUAAAUACUGGAAAUAUCAACAGAGCUCAGGCAAGUUUAGUUUUAGCUGAGAAACAGAUGUAAAGACUGUCAUUUCUGCAUGUUAACUGUAUUGGUAGUCCAGUAUUAUGUCCUAAUGGAGAUAGAACAGCAGAACUUGAAAUUUUAUUCUACAACUGACUUGGCAUUUACCUGGGAUUAACCAGAACUCCUUGGUGUUUCAAGGAGAAUUUAAUUUCUGGCUCUGUCGUUCUUGUUCUUAAAUAGUGACACUAAAAUACACAUGGUGUGCUUCUGCGGUUUGUUUCUCCACAUUUAGCAGUGCAUCAUCAGACACAGGUAGAAGGCGCAAUGUAAUUACAAAUAGCUGAAUUAAAAAAAUUGUUUCACUAUAAUCAGAGCUAUUUUUUAUUUUGUCCAUCAAUAUGUCACUAUGUCAUGACUGUGAUAAAAACCACCAUGAAAAGCAGGAACUCCAACUUUUUUUUUUUUUUUCAAGUAAAUAGCCCAGAAAAUAUGUCUGCCACAUCUCUAAUAAGAUCUCCUAUAAUGUGCACUUGUAGGGAAAUUGCUCUCAAAAGAAAGCUGUCUCCUAUUUUUGUUGUUUAGUCACAUUUUUGUUGUUGUUGUUAUUAUUAUUUUUUUUAUCCUCACCCAACGACAUUUUUUGCAUUCAUCUUCAGAU